CGCGGCGCUUGCCCGCUGUCAGGCAGUGCCGGCCGGGGCGGCGGCGGCGGCUCCGCGAUGGCGGCGGGCGCGGGGCUCCGGGGGACGGGGGAACGGCGCGGAGCCCCCCGGGGAGGGCGGCCGGGGGUCGCCAUGGCCACGGACCGCAGGUGAGGCCAUGGCGUCCCCGCCGGGCAGCCCCGAGCCGUGCCCGUGCCCGUGCCCGUCGCCGUGCCCGCUGCCGUGCCCGUGCCCGUCCCCGGGGGGCCGCGGGGGCGCGGGGCCGGGGGCUGAGCCCGAGCCCGAGGCGCUGAGCCCCGACGAGCUGCAGCUGCUGGCCAAGCUGGAGGAGCAGAACCGGCUGCUGGAGGCCGACUCCAAGUCGCUGCGCUCGGUGAACGGCUCGCGGCGCAGCAGCGGCUCCUCGCUGGUGUCCAGCUCCUCGGCCUCGUCCAACCUGGGCCACCUGGAGGAGGACACCUGGAUCCUCUGGGGCCGCAUCGUCAGCGACUGGGACAAGUGGAGGAAGAAGAAGGAGAAGCUGCUCAAGGAGCUGAUCCGGAAGGGGAUCCCGCACCACUUCCGGGCCAUCGUGUGGCAGCUGCUGUGCAGCGCGGCCGAGCUGCCGCUCAAGGCGCAGUACUCGGAGCUGCUGCGCAUGAGCUCGCCCUGCGAGCGCCUGAUCCGCCGCGACAUCGCCCGCACCUACCCCGAGCACGACUUCUUCAAGGGCCAGGACAGCCUGGGCCAGGAGGUGCUCUUCAACGUCAUGAAGGCCUACUCGCUGGUGGAUCGGGAGGUCGGGUACUGCCAGGGCAGCGCCUUCAUCGUGGGACUGCUGCUGAUGCAGAUGCCGGAGGAGGAGGCGUUCAGCGUCUUCGUGCGCCUGAUGCAGGAGUACCGGCUGCGCGAGCUCUUCAAGCCCAGCAUGGCCGAGCUGGGGCUCUGCAUCUACCAGUUCGAGUUCCUGCUGCAGGAGCAGCUGCCGGAGCUGAACGUGCACUUCCGCUCGCAGAGCUUCCUCACCUCCAUGUACGCCUCGUCCUGGUUCCUCACGCUCUUCCUCACCACCUUCCCCCUGCCCGUGGCCACGCGCGUCUUCGACAUCUUCAUGUACGAGGGGCUGGAGAUCGUGUUCCGCGUGGGGAUGGCGCUGCUGCAGUUCAACCAGGCCGAGCUGGUGCAGCUGGACAUGGAGGGCAUGUCCCAGUACUUCCAGAAGGUGAUCCCGCACCAGUUCGACUCGUGCCCGGACAAGCUGAUCCUGCGCGCCUGCCAGGUCAAGUACAACCCCCGCAAGAUGAAGAGGCUGGAGAAGGAAUACGCCGCCCUCAAGAGCAAGGAGAUGGAGGAGCAGAUCGAGAUCAAGCGGCUCCGCUCCGAGAAUCGCCUGCUCAAGCAGCGCAUCGAGACCCUGGAGAAGGAGAGCGCGGCCCUGGCCGAUCGCCUCAUCCAGGGCCAGGUGACGCGGGCGCAGGAGGCCGAGGAGAACGACGUCAUCCGGCGGGAGCUGGCGCUGGUGCGGCAACGCUGCAGCUCGGCCACCGAGAGCCUGCGGAGGGCGCAGAGCACCAUCAGGGAGCUGCAGGGUAACCCCCGUCUGAGCGAGGAGUUCGUGGCGCACCUGGAGACGGAGCUGGAGCGGUCGCGGCUGCGCGAGAGCGAAACCCUGGGGGCGCUCAAGGAGAUGCAGGACAAGGUCCUGGACAUGGAGAAGCGGCAGCCGCUGCUGCCGGACGACGCCAGCGUGGCUCGGCUGCAGGAGGAGCUGCAGGAGCUGGCGCUGAGGGACAUCGGGGACAUCGGGGACAUCGGGGACACAUGGCAGGUGAGACUCGGGGACAUCGGGGACAUCGGGGACACCUGGCAGGUGUGCGGGGGCCGCUGGAAGGAGCCGCGGGCGCUGCACGAGGCCGUGCUGGGGGCGCAGCUCCGCGAGAGCCAGGCCCAGGUGGAGCUGAGAGCGCUGAGACAGCGGGUGCUGCACCUGGAGACACAGGUACCAAACUGGGAC